AUGCCCAACCCGCGCACCGACCUGCGUGUGUCCGCGCUGACCGCUGCCGCUGUCCUGCUCGCGCUGCUUGUCGGGGCCCCGCUGAUCGCUGCGGGGCACCGUUGUAUCUUCGACGAGCUGCAGCGCCUGCAGCUGGCGACCGGCACCAGUGCCGUCCCCGAUGUGGGGGACCGCGGGGCGCCGCAGGGGCAGGGUGCGGAGCAGCAUGGCAGCAUCACCGCCACUGACCCAUGGGAGCCGAUCCGCAUCUCGGUGUUCACCAGGGACCUCGACGACAGCUCCCGCUACUGCACUCAGCCAGGGGAGAUGAGGCCUGAUUUCUCUGGCUCCAUGAUUAAAUGCAAUCCCGAUAACAUUCUCACCGAUGAAAAGAAGCAACUGAUUCGUAAGCAGAUAAUCCCCAGCGCGGUGCAGAUGCACAGGGAACACCUGCUGGUGCGGCCGAUCAUCGGCAACAUCCGUGUUGAUCACUUUAAAGGGGGCCUCUGCCCGUACUUUACGGUUCCCCAGUCCCACCACACCACCGGUGUGCCUGAUACCGACUUCGUGCUGUACGUUGCAGCGGGACCAACUGAACUUGGUGUUAACGCGUGGGCAGUCUACUGCCAGUUUGACCGCAGUGGCCGCCUUCAGGUGGGUGUUGUCAAUUUGGGGCCUCGAUACGCUCUGGAUGUUUUCCUUUCCACACGUAUCCUGACGCAUGAGAUACUGCACACGUUGGGAUUCCACAUUAAUAUGUUCCAGUUCAGAGGAAUGACUAUUGAUGUGUCUGUUCGCGGUAAGAAUAAAAGUUCUGUUCUGAAGUCACCAAAAGUUGUGGAAGUCGCGAGGGAGCAUUACGGAUGCAGCACCAUGCAGUACGUGGAGUUGGAGGACAUGGGUGGCACGGGAGCUGUGGGUUCUCACUGGAAGAUGCGCAAUGCAAAGGACGAAUUGAUGAGUCCUAUCAACGGUACAUCUUUUUACACCACCUUUACCAUCGCGGCGAUGGAAGACACGGGCUACUACAAAGGCAACUACAGUAAUGCUGAAAGCAUGUCAUGGGGUAAGAAUGCCGGCUGCCUGCUGUUUGAUAAGAAAUGCGUAAUUGACGGUGUGUCGCAGGUGCCGGAGAUGUUUUGCGUCGUUAAUACUACUAACAAGAGUGAGCUCAAGUGCGCAUCAGACCGGAUGGGCAUCGGAUGCUGUUUGAUAACAAAACAUACCAGCAUGCCACCAUAUUUCCAGUACUUCCCCGAUCCGACAAUCGGUGGUACUGAAGUCUGGAUGGAUUACUGCCCAUACAUAUUAUCAAUUUUUAUCACUACGUGCCUAAAUGGGAAUGCAACAAUUCUGCCAGGUUCUGUGUUUUCAAAAUCUGCGCGAUGCUUUUCAGCUGUCCCAAACACUACCCUCCAGAUAAAAAGUGACAAAAAUAUGUUUUCUAUCUGUGCGGACGUGCUGUGCGACGAGGGCACCUCGAAGUAUCAGGUGCGCGUGAAGGGUGGGACUGAUUUCGUGGACUGCCCACCCGGAAGCACCCUUGUGCUCUCGAAGUACAGUACAGAGUUUAAGUCUGGCGCGAUCGAGUGUGCACCAUACGAGGAGGUGUGCAACACAAACUAUUACCGAAUCGAGACCCAUCGCAUCCCCGCAUCCGGUACAACUAACAUCGCGUACCACUUCACUUACACGCUUGUGGCGGCCCUGGCUGUUCUGAUUGUCCUUGCUGAAUGA